AUGGCCCUUAGUCUGUACAGUGGUUGCUUUGCGUGUGUCAGGUGGGGAGCUGUGCCAACGACGCCCUCCUACAGCGGAAGAGUUCCUCCCGCGCUGCGCGUCUUCGGCCUCGGCAAGCGCACGUGCACCAAAAACCGCAUGGCCUUUAAAGUCUGUACAGGUGGGCUGUGUUGUGACAUGGCGGGGAAGCUGUGCAAACGACGCCCUCUACCAAGGCGAGAGUUCCUCCCGCGGCUGCGCGUCUUCGGCUCGCCAAGCGCACGUGCACCGACGCAUUGCUUUAGUCUGUACAUUGGUUGCUUUGUGUGUGAC